AUGGGCUGCAGUCUGGUUUCACGACAGCAACGACGAAAUGCUAGCCAUUGCACACAGACACUUGGAAAAGGACCAGCAAAUCAAGAGGCCAGGAAGAAAACCAGAGGGAAUAACACCUCUAGUUUUUGUGGGAGAAUGGCUCAAUUUCAGAACCACGAACUAGAAUACAUAGUUGAUGACUAUUAUGACACUACCGAUUUCGAUGAUAACCCUUUCGAAGAAGAUGAAUUGCCACGAAGCGGUGGUGUUGAUGACUCUUUGGAUUCAGACUUUGAGGACGACUUGGAACUGAGCAAGCCAAAGACUGAUACAUCGGCUCAGGAAGCUAGAAAUGGCAAAGACAUUCAAGGUAUUCCAUGGGAGAGGCUCAAUUUUACCAGAGACAAAUAUCGUGAAUCAAGGCUGAAGCAGUACAAAAAUUAUGAGAAUCUCUCGUGCUCUCGUGAAGAACUUGAAAAGGAAUGCAAGCAAGUGGAGAAGGGCCACAACUUUUAUGACUUCCAGUUCAAUACAAGGCUUGUGAAAUCAACAAUUGUGCAUUUCCAGGUGCUAUGCUUGUAUUAA